AUGGGACCUUGGCACCUUCACACCUCCUCUGCUCUUGGACCAUCAAGGCGGGCGGUGCCGCCCCCGCUGCACCUGCUGGUCGAGUUGUUUGGGGGUCACGGGCCGCCACUGGGGCAGCUCGUGGCCGAGGCCCAGCACGAGUGGGUCUUCCUGCAGGAGGGUGCGCAGCGAGUCCCGGUGCGCGAGGGGAGGAUCCGCGCGACGCUUUUCCUGCCUCCUGGAGAUGGCCCCUUUCCAGGAAUUAUUGAUCUAUAUGGAGUAGGAGGUGGGCUCCCUGAAUACAGGGCAUGCCUACUAGCCAACCAUGGCUUUGCUGUGCUGGCUCUUGCCUAUUACGGCUACGAAGAUCUUCCCAAAAAUAUGGCAGAAUUCCACCUGGAAUAUUUUGAAGAAGCCAAAGACUUUUUAUUGCAGCACAAACAGGUUAAAGGUCCAGGAAUCGGGUUGCUGGGGAUCUCCAAAGGAGGCGACCUGUGUGUCUCCAUGGCCUCCUACCUCAAGGACAUCACGGCCACUGCCCUCAUCAAUGGCUCGGUGGCAAAUGUGGCCGGUGUGCUGCGCUACAAGGAUGUCGCCAUCCCACCGCUCGGCUUCGACAUCGAACGCAUCACAGUCAACAAGGACGGGAUUGUAGACAUCUAUGACCUCCUGGACAACCCACUAGAAGGGCCGAGCAGCCAGAGCUUUAUCCCCCUGGAGAAGGCGGAGUGUCACUUCCUGUUCAUUGUUGGCCAGGAGGAUCGCAACUGGAAAAGCGACUUCUUUGCGGUCGAGGGGAGCAAACGUCUGCAAGCUCACGGGAAGGAGAAGCCCCAGAUAAUCCGUUACCCUGGGACAGGGCACUACAUCGAACCACCCUUCUUCCCCAUGUGCCCUGCCUCUGUGCACAAGCUGGUCGGCAAGCCGGUGUUGUGGGGGGGGGAGCCCAAGGCGCACUUCGAGGCGCAGGUGGACGCGUGGCAGCAGAUCCAAGCCUUUUUCCACAAGCACCUCUCCGGCACACCGCCCAAGGCAUCCGAUAGGCUGUGA